GGGAGCAGCUGGAGGCACAGAGAGGAUCAGUGGGAGAGAGAGAGAGGGAGAGAGAGAGGGAGAGAGAGGGAGCAGGACCGAGACACAAACACAAGAAGGUCGUGAUGGGAAACACCGACAGUCACACCAGCUUCGUCUCAGCCGCCAAACCCUCCUGCUCGCUCAGGUCCUCGUCCCGGGAGGAGGAGGCGCCGUCAGCUCGCAGCUGGUGGAGGAGCAGCCAGGGCGGCUGCAGGAGCCGUGGGAGGAGCUGUCAGAACCAGAACUCCUCCUGGCAUUACGAACAUGGACCCAGAGGAGGCUCCAUGCUGAGAGCUGCGUCUCCUCAGAGGAACAGCAGGGGGAGCUGCAGGAGUCAGUUUGGAUACCCGGAGAACGGCGGAGAGGGUAACGGAAUCGGUGGCGAGCGGAAGUCUGUGGAGAGCGGCGGCAGCCCCAAAGUGCUGCUCAGCAAAGAUGGCAGCAUGAGGGUGGAGUUCAGCAACAGCAGGGUCGACCCCAUGGAGCCGCAGGGGUUAACCGGCGUACCCGCCAUCUCCACCACAGCUGCCUCCUCAGUGGCCGAACCCCUCCUCCGCACCAGUAAGGGCAGCUCGCUCAGCUCUGACGGCUCCUGGUACGACUCGCCAUGGGGGGGCAGUACUGAGCUGGCGGACAAUGUGUUUGUUUGCGGGCAGAUCGCGGAUAACCCCACCUACUCCUCUACCCGUACGGAAGUGUCCUCCACACCUCAACAAGGUGUCUUCAACACCUUCUUCUCGGCCCAGGUAGAGGUCGUCUCACCUGGAUUUAACUCCACCCUCCUCUUCCCCGCCGCAGGCUACAACACCUGCUCCUCUCGCCGGACAGAGGACAGCGGCAUCGGGGACUCUGUGAUCUUGCAGCCGGACCUGAGAGACUUCAGCCUGGUCUCAUCCCCGGCUGCGUCACUGGACAGCGUCUGCAGCAGCCACAACACGCUGCCUGCCUUCCCCACGGCACCACACCCCCCAUGGGCCGCCUCCUCCUCCACGCUGCCGGAUGACGUCAGUCAGGAGGAGGAGGGGUUCUCCUCCCUCACGCUGCCUUGCCGCAGGGCCGAGUCAACCAGCACCGCCCUGCCACCUGCGAACAAUCGCAAAGAUUUCCUGAAGAGCAGAAUCAGACAACUGAGCGACUGGACAGGAAGUCUGAGCAGGAAGAAGAGACGGAUCCAGGAGCCCAGUGAUGUUUCCGUCACCGGGCUGAGCUGUGAGCUGGUCGGUCGCAGCGCAGCGUCGACCUCCGACCUCCUCCACCCUCCAUGUGGCUCCAGAGGCCUGAACCACAUCAGCGACGCCCAUCGACGGAACAUCUACGAGAACUUCAUGCAGGAGCUGGAGACGAGCUGCAGCGGUGCAGCCGACCAGGAGGAGCUGUCGGACGAAGAAGAGGAGCAGGAGGAGGAGCAGGAGGAGGAGGAGGACAUGGAUGGAGGGGUAGAGUUGGGAGGAAUAGAGCAGCUGGACGUCUUGUUCGAGAAGGCAGGCGUGGUGCGACGAGCCGGAUGGCUUUUCUUCACUCUGAUUACUGUCAACAAGGACGGGAAGAUGGAGCUCGUCGCACGCCGCAGGUGGGAGGCAUUACUGGGUUGCACUCUUCUGCUUCAUGAGACGUACGGGAGGAGCGGUGGGACCGAGCGGGACCUUUCUCCUCGUUACGCUCUGCUGGCCGAGGACAGCAUCGUCCAGGCCGUCCCAGAACAUCCCAAGAGGGAACACGUCUUCUGUCUCAGCAACGCAUAUGGAGACGUUUACCUGUUCCAGGCAACCAACCAGACGGAGCUGGAGAACUGGGUGACCUCCGUCCACUCUGCCGGCGCCUCCCUGCUGGCGAGGCGUCAGGGGAAGGAGGACACGCUGCGCCUCCUGCGCUGCCGGAGCCGCUCGCUGCUGCACAAGAUCGACAUGGACGGGAAGAUGAAGAAGAUGGCGGAGCUGCAGCUGUCCGUCAUCAAGGAGCAGAAGAACAGGAAGGCCGUGGAGAGCCAGAUCAAGCAGUGGGAGCAGAACCUGGAAAAACUGAACCUGGAUCUGUUCAGGUUCAGGUGCUACCUCUCCAGUCUGCAGGGCGACGAGCUCCCAAACCCAAAGAGCCUCCUCGCCAUCGCCAGCCGGGCCUCCAAGAGCCUGCUGGGACGCCUGGGAGGGUUCUCCGUGUCCUCCUUCCACGCCCUGGUGUGCAGCAGAGACGAGGGGACGUUACGACGGCGUGGUCGGUCUCUGUCGGGGGGGAACCACCGGUGGAGGGGGCUGCCGUCCUCUCUGAAGGCGCUGGACGGGCUGGACAGAAGCAGCAGUCUCUCUACGUCCCAGAGACUGGACUCUGAGGACAAACAGGGGGAGGUGCUGCCCUCUGCAGGACGUCCUGCAGCUGUACAGAUGUGUGAUGAAGGUUCCGCCCUCGGCAGCUUCUCGCUGCACAUCUGUCGAGACGCCGCUGGACGAGGCUUUGGCUUCGUGGUCACAGGCCACUUGGACGGCGCCGGGCGGAGUCACGUGCACGUCAGCGAGGUCGAUCCGCUGGGGCCCUCCGCCAGAGAAGGCCUCAGGGCCGGAGACGAGGUGCUGGCGGUGAACGGGGCGUCUGUGUCCGGACUCGACCUGGACCUGAUGCAGAGUCUCUUCAGCCACCAGAAGCUCCAGCUGCUGCUGAGGAGAGACGAGUCCCCUGAGGGGGAACCCGCCGCCGUGUGGCCUGAACCCGGUGAACCUGCAGGCCCCUGGGAGCCCGCGGCCCCUGACCUCCACACCUGGGCCACAGUCACUGAACGAACGAGGAGCAGAUGGUUUUUGGGUUUAACUGGAAUCUGAAACGUUGCUAAUCACAGAUUUUUAAUAUGUGCUUCCCGACAGAACAUGGAGCGGGUUUAUUGUCUGUACCAGACCUUCCCAGAAGGCCGAGCUGCAGACCCCGAUGUUCCCAAGAACCCGUACAGCAGAGAGGUCACCCUGCAGCCGGCAAGCCCCGCCCACAUGAGCGUGUGCCAGCACCUGCGUAAAGUCAUCCAGGAGCUGGUCGACACGGAGAAGUCCUACGUCAAGGAUCUGGUGUGUCUGCUGGACGUCUACCUGACGCCGCUGCAGACGGAGACGUUCCUCAGCAAAGCAGAGAUGGAGGCGCUGUUCGGCAGCCUGCCUCAGAUGCUGGACUUUCAGAGAGUUUUCCUUCAGACUCUGGAGGAGAAGAUCUCCUCGUGUCCGAACCUGAGUCGCCUGGAAACACCUGAGCAGUUCAAGAAACUCCUCUUCUCGUUGGGAGGAUCUUUUCUUUAUUACGCCGACCACUUCAAACUCUACAGCGGCUUCUGUGCCAAUCACAUCAAAGUGCAGAAGGUUCUGGAACGAGCGAAGACAGACAGAGCCUUCAAACACUUCUUGGAGACGAGGAAUCCGACCAAUCAGCACUCUUCCUGUCUGGAGUCGUACCUGAUCAAACCGGUUCAAAGGGUUCUGAAGUAUCCACUGCUGCUCCGGGAGCUGGUGACCCUGACCCCCCCCGAGAGCCCCGAGCACACACACCUGACAGAGGCCCUGAGGGCGAUGGAGAAGGUGGCGAGUCACAUUAACGAGAUGCAGAAGAUCCACGAGGACUACGGCUGCGUGUUCGAUCAGCUGACUGCGGAACAGGGCGGAGCCGACACACAGGUCACGGACGUGUCGAUGGGAGAGUUCCUGAUCCACUCAGCGGUCGCCUGGUUGAAUCCUCUUCCCUGUGUGGGUCGAGUGAGGAGAGACCCACAACUCACACUGUUCGUGUUCAGACGCGCUGUCAUCCUGGUUUAUCGAGACAACGUCAAACUGAAGAAGAAGACGAUGAGCUCCCGCUCAGCUGAUCUGGACCCCUUCAGGUUCCGCUGGUUAAUCCCAGUGUCAGCGGUUCAGGUCAGACCAGUCAGCAUCACAGGCUCAGAGAACCCGUGUGUGUGGGAGCUGGUUCACAGCCGGUCGGAGGUGGAGGGACGACCGGAGACGGUGUUUCAGCUCUGCAGCAGUGGUUUGGAGACAAAGGCGAGCGUCCUGCGAGUCCUGUCCUCCGUCCUCAAAGAGCGGGGACCGGCCGGCUCGCUGAGGAGGUCCAGGCUGUCCACGGCCGAGAGGAGCAGCUCCUGGAGGAGGAGGCAGCAGAGGAGUCGUGCGUCCGCCCAGAGGACGACUCCUCACCGGCAGCCGGAGGAGAGCAGGUUCAUCCUGGGAGACACCUGCUCGGAGCCGCUGCUGCCCAGCCACGCCUCGAGCGGCUCCUCGGGGGGGAAGAGGACCCGACUGCUCUCGCUGACCAGCGAGCUGGAGGCCCAGCUGCAGAGGCUGAACGUCACAGAGGAGGCGGAGCCACGAGCCACGACUCCCAGUGGCGACCGGAGGACCGCCGAGAAGAGGCGGAGCUCCAGUCUGCAGCGACGCCCCGGAGGGGACGUGUUGGACCUGCUGGACAGAGACUUCAGUGUUCACAGCAUGAGGUCCAUGAUCAACGAAGACUGUUUCUACGACUUCCAGACGCCGGCUGCUCCCUCACUACAGGGCUGACGCUAAAGCUGCCGUCACACGAGGAGUCCAAACUCAACUGAGUCACGACGAUCUCCAGAACCUUCUCCGACUCAACCAAUCACACGGAAGCUCUCACACAGAGCGUCUGAUUGGCCAGGAGACAAACACCUGCAUCUGGAAAAACACACCUACAACUUUGCAAAACCCAAAACUGAAGUUUCCACUUUAAAGUUGAAAAACAAACUAAAAUAAUAAGAAAAGUUCUGAUGUUCCAGGAGAGCUCCUAUCGGCAGAGCGAUCAACGGAUCAGUUCAACCAGCUUCACACCUGGUGUGGUUCAUUCUGACACUUCAGUGUGAAUCAGGAGUGAAGUGUUCCUCGGACCUCGAUCCAGAUUCAGUCCGACCAGGAGAGGAGUUCUGGUUCUGGAUCAAGCUGAAUCCUGGUUCUGUUCGUCUUGAAGAACUUAACAUCAAUUCAGAGAACAAACCUUUUCCAGAUCAACUGAACAGAAUCGUUAUUUAACUUUUUCAAGUUCACUAGAUUUAACGAUGGAGGAAUAUUUACACGUUUUUAAAAAUCUCUGUGUAGAUUUAACUGAUUUUAAAAAGCUUUCCCCGACUCAUGGAUCCAAAACACUUGAGAAGGAUUCGUGUUCAGGACGAAUGUUGGACUGAACCCGUCUUUAUGUCUUUAUUUUUCUCUUAAUUUUUCUCUCUGUACAGUUUAUUUUUUCUGUUGUAGUUUGAAUCUGAAUCUCUGGAGCUGCUGGAUCGGGGUCUUUGUAAAUCUGAAUUAUUGUAUUUAUAUAUUUUCUGUUUCAGUUUUGUGGCUGCAGAUCCAGAAACUACAGGUAUUUUGUAAUUUAUUUUCUUAAAUAUUUGUGUAAAUCUUUUUGUCGACUUGAUGAAGUCCAAUAAAUGAAGGAAUAUGUAAUUAAAAAGGUUAAUUGAUCUAAA